UAAUCUGUGGCUCACAUGGCUGAGGUGCUACCAGAGAAUGGAAAGAGGAAAAGAAGGAGAACUGAAGAAGCAGACAGCGCAAGUGCUAAAGAUCCAAAGGUGGAUUCUUCAGUCAGUGAUGAUAAAACAAAUGAGGGUCAGAGAGUCGAUGCUACAGAUGAAAAGGGAGAUGGGAAUGCUCCUGAAGAAAUUGAGGUGAAAAAAAGAAAAUUGGAACAGGAAUCUGAAGAGGUCCCUGUGAAGAAAACUCAUACAGAAGCCGUAGCAGCACAUUAUAAUAAGCUUGAGGAAGUUGGAUUGGAACAACGGAGCCUGAGUCGCAUUUUCUAUCUUCGAAAUUUUAACAACUGGGUGAAAAGUGUUCUCAUUGGUGAAUUCCUUGACAAGGUACGGCAGAGAAAGCAAAACAUUACUGUUCUGGACUUGGGAUGUGGUAAGGGUGGUGAUCUACUGAAAUGGAGAAAAGGAAGAAUUAGUAAGCUCGUGUGUACAGAUAUUGCUGAUAUUUCCGUACAACAGUGCAAACAGCGAUACAUGGAUAUGAGAAAUCGUGGUCGUUCAAAUGACAGAAUUUUCAGUGCAGAAUUCAUCACUGCUGACAGCACCAAGGAGCUUCUUUCUAAGAAGUACCAUGAUCGGAACAUGUGCUUUGAUAUCUGCAGCUGUCAGUUUGUGUACCACUAUUCAUUUGAGACAUAUGAGCAAGCUGACAUGAUGCUUAAAAAUGCGUGUGAUAGACUUUGCCAUGGAGGAUAUUUCAUUGGCACAACUCCAGAUAGCUAUGAACUUGUAAAACGUCUUGAAGCUUCUGAAACUGAUUCAUUUGGGAAUGAGAUAUACACAGUAAAGUUUCAGAAGAAGGGGGAAUAUCCCUUGUUCGGCUGCAAGUAUGAUUUUAACCUGGAAGGAGUGGUUAAUGUCCCGGAGUUCCUUGUCUAUUUUCCAUUGGUAGUAGAGAUGGCAAAGGGAUAUGGCAUGAAACUGGUGUACAAAAAAACAUUUCGGGAAUUCUAUGAAGAAAAGAUUAAGAAUGAAGAGCAUAAAAUGCUUUUGAACCAAAUGCAGGCAUUGGAGCAAUAUCCUACUGAUGAACAUUCCAAGCUAGUAUCAGAUAAAAAAGAGGACUAUGCACAUGCAGAAAUGCUGAAGAAUGAUGAAAAACUGAAGUUACCCUUUGGAACACUAAGUAAAUCUGAGUGGGAAGCAACAAGUAUAUACAUGAUCUUUGCAUUCGAAAAGCAGCCAUAAAAAAGGACGAUGAAGAGAAACACUUGAAGCAAUCUAGCAUCCAAAGUGACAGCUAUUUUAUAUUUUUAUGUUUUAAGAGUGUGCAGGACACAACCCAAUUGGGCAA